GGGAUCCGGGGACUGCCACGGGGAAGACCAUGCGAAACGUCUUUCAUCUGAGUGCCUCUCAUUGGGACGAAGAACCAUGACCAUGCAUUGAGCUAGACGACCACAACGCCGAAGUACCUUUGUCUUGUCUAUAUCAAUCCAGCUCAAGCAGAGCUCGGAAUCAUCUUGCGAGCUUGUGUCCUUCGUCCUUCUUCAUACGGACCCGUCACAAUGUAUCAAGCAACCCUUGGCAACCCUUGGGCAGUCACCCUGCUUGCGGUAGCAGUGGUGCUUGCCGCCUUCAUCAGACUCUCAAAGAUUGGCAAGAGAGCUCCAGGUUUACCGCCAGGGCCUCCUACAAUCCCAGUACUGGGGAAUCUCCAUCUGAUGCCAACCGUAAAGCCUCAUCUGCAAUUCCAGAAGUGGGCCCAAGAAUAUGGACCAAUUUACUCGCUCGUCCUCGGCACCAAAACCGUGAUUGUCCUGUCUUCCGAUGAGACCGUCAAAGACCUGCUGGACAAGAAGAGUGGGAUAUACUCUGACCGACCCGACAUGUUCAUCGGACAAAAGAUUGCGAGUGGUGAUCUGAGACUAGUGGUAAUGAGAUAUGGUGACAACUGGCGCAUGAUCCACAAAAUGGUUCACAACAUCCUGAACAUCAAGGCGGCCGUGACCUACGUGCCAUAUCAAGAUCUCGAGAAUAAGAUCCUUCUCGAUGGCUUGCUCGACACCCCUCAGGACUUUCUCAACCACAUCCGCAGAUUCAGUUAUUCGUUGGCCACACAGAUGAUCUUCGGCUUUCGAUGCCCGGACAUCAAGGAUCCAGAGCUACAGCAACUUUUCUGGUGUUUCGACCAUUGGGGUGAGCUGGCAGGAAGUGCUAGCGCUCAGAUUGCCGACCUGUACCCCAUCCUGCAGAAGCUUCCCUCGUUCAUCGCACCCAACGUCCGAUAUGCAAAGUAUUUGCAUAAGAUAGAGAAGAAGCUCUACGUGGGCCACUGGAUGCGCGCAAAGAGAGGACUUGAGAGCGGCACUGGAUUGCCAUGUUUUUGUAACGACGUGCUUCGAGUCCAGCAGAUCGAGAAGUUCUCUGAUGAUGCCGCCGGUUACAUGUCCGGCUCCCUGCUCGAGGCCGGAUCGGACACCACGUCUGGGACUCUUUACGGCUUUAUUCUGGCUAUGCUUGUCUUCCCCGAAGUCCAGAAGAAGGCACAGGAAGAAAUUGACCGCGUUGUGGGCCAUGGACGUCUACCCACCAUGGACGAUUAUGACGAGCUCCACUAUAUUCGAUGCUGCAUCAAGGAGUCUUUGAGAUGGAUGCCGACAAUCAUUCUAGGAGUGCCUCAUGCAACUACCAAGGACGAUACAUAUGGCAACUACGUCAUCCCGAAAGGCGCGACAGUCAUAAACAAUGUCUGGGCUAUCCAUAUGGACCCUAAACGCUCCCCAGAUCCUCGUCGUUUUGAUCCUGAUCGAUUCAAGGAGGACUUUACGACCUUGUACCAGUCGGCCAACGGCGACCCAGCCAAACGGGACAACUUCAAUUUCGGUGCAGGCCGCCGCCUCUGUCAGGGCAUCCACAUCGCUGAGCGCUCGUUGUUCCUGGGAAUGUCUAGGCUUAUUUGGGCGUUCGACAUGUCCAAGCCGCUCGACGACAGUGGCAACCCCAUCACGCCGGACAUCGACGACCUCGUGGGCGGCAUCACCGUGCAACCACGGGACUACCAGGCCGUGUUCACACCACGAUCUGCAGAGAAGGUCAAGAUCAUACGAGUCGCCGCCCGCGAAUGUCAGGACCUGCUCGACCCCAACACUAAGCAAUGGAAAAAGAUGCCGGAGGGCAUGGCUCUAAGCACGUGGAUGCCUGAAAAGGUCGAUGUGUGAUCGGACCGACGGACGACUCAUGAGGUCAGUGCCAUCGACGAUAUGGUCGCCCACCGGCGGAGUCCUCUCAUUGCUGACCCAUGUCCUUGCGGGAGCAUGGCUGAUGACGGGAUGUUUGCAAUGCUUCCUUUUGGGUUGGUGUAA